UCACUACUUAACCACCCCCACAAAUUCACUCUGUUCUGAUCUGUUCAUAUUAACCUAUCAAAACAUUAAAAUUUUUGUUAUAGCCUUGAAAAAUGAGUAGUCCCAGCCAGUUGCCCGUACAUCACACGAACACGCCAGAGCAGCGCCCAACCAAGCACCAUCACUCAGCGCGUUACUACGCGCACCGUGUCAAGGAGAGCAUCACCACGCGUGUCUCAAAGCUCAUAUGCGCUAUUUUCUUGAGUCUAUUGUUGAUCAUAGGCAUCAUAACGUUUAUAUUGUGGCUGAGUUUACGGCCCCACCGCCCACGAUUUUUCAUCCACGAUUUUUCGGUUACGGGUUUGGCCCUAGAUAAUGGCUUCGAAAAUGCGCAAAUUGUCUUCAAUGUCACGGCCCGAAACUCCAAUCUCAACAUUGGGAUUUACUACGACUCUAUGUCCGGUUCGGUUUAUUAUAAGGACCAGAAACUUGGGUCCACGCCAUUGCUAGAUUCUUAUUACGAAGCGCCGAAGACUACUAAGGUGCUCACGGCGGCGCUGAGCGGAGAAACGUUGAACGUGGACAGGCAGCGGUGGAUGGAAAUAAGUAAUGAGCGGUCUAAGGGAGCCGUGGCUUUCCGGUUGGAGAUAUCGUCGACCAUCCGGUUCAAGAUAUCCGCGUGGGAUAGUAAGCGGCACGGUAUGCAUGCUAAUUGUGUCGUGUCGGUGGGCCCCGAUGGAAUGAUUUUGCCUUCUUCUAAGGAUAUCAGAUGUCCGGUUUACUUUACCUGAUUUUAAUGUCUUUUUUUUUUCUUUUAAGAAAACUAUUUUUAAUAUUAGAUUUGUUGGAUUAACUGUUCGUGUGAUUUGCUAAUCGAGAAUUUUAAAACGUACUUUAAUUUUAUCAUUGUCUUAGUGUGUUUAAUGAAGUUUAAUUUCUUUUUUUUUUUUAUUCAUUGAUUGCGAUAAACCCUAAAGUUGGGCAUUGUUGCAAAUUGAAUACUAUCUGGUUAACCUA